AUGAUACCGCACGCAGGUACGAGCAGGGGUCUGAUCUUUUCGCCGAGCUCCUUGGCUCGCUUUGAUGCGCCUACACGCGAUCGCAUCAUAUGCGCCGCUAGCUCGCCCGACCCGGAUAUGCGUCAAAUCUCCGGCUUGGGAGGCGGCGCUUCCUCCCUCUCCAAGUGCGCCAUAGUCAGUGCACCAGCCGACGAUUGGAGCAAGCUGGCGCGCAUAGCUGGCCAUCCCUUUCCUGGCGUAGCAUGGAGCGAGAAUUUCGAGAUGUCCAUGCAUGCAGAACGAGGUUGGGAUUGUGUGUAUCGCUUUGGACAGGUACCUAUCAACGGAACGCAGAUCGAUUGGGGCUCUACGUGCGGCAAUCUGGUAGCCGCCGUAGCAGACUAUCAUCUGUCCAGCGCGAUUGGUUCGUCGCAGAUCUCGGCUUCGCUGCCGCCAUCCUCCCAAGUCGAAGCCGGCGAUACAACCUCGGCAGUAUUGAGGAUAUUGGCUCAUGAUACAGGCAAGGUCGUCAAGGCUAGAGUACCUGUCUAUUGGGAAGAAGAGAUUGAGAGGUGGAUGCCUUGUACCGAGGGAGAGGCCAGCAUCGCUGGAGUUCCGGGAACAGGCCCGGCCAUCGUCAUCGAGAGCCCCCUGGAGAGCGACGUGCUUCCAACUGGCCGGCCAGUAGACUCGAUCAAGAUCGAUGAAAGUGAGACAAAAGUCACAGUGACAGAUACAGGCCUUCCGACCAUCUUUGUGGAUGCUCGAGAUCUGCGCAUUCCUCUAGAUCAGCUAGUGGACCACCCAUCGGUACUCGAAACCGACGGCGAGCUGAUGCGUCGCCUAGAAAAGAUCCGUUACGAAGCGAGUCAACUCUCAGCUAGCUUGAGCUCUAAAUUUUCUCCACCUGCGCCCAAAAUCUGUCUCGUGCAUCCCAAAGCCGCCUACAAGACCACGGGAGGUCAAAGCAUCGAAGCGUCGGAGAUGGAUGUGCUCAUCAGAGCCUUGAGCAAUGGUCAAGUCCACCGAACCGUCCCCGCGACGACGCUGAGCGCGGCCACGGCAGCUCUGUGCUACGAUGACUCUGUCAUCUCGCGCGCAUUUCGAGCCAGCGGAGGACAGAUCAGUCCUUCUUCCUCGCAAGCGACCCGCACCGCUUCUCCCCCGAGCACGUCCACAUCUUUGCACUCUCCCGACAUCAUCUCUCUAACGGUGGGUCAACCAGCAGGUCUAUCUACCGCCUCUGCCAAGAGAUCUGCGUCGCGCUCAAAUCAAAAAAGGUCCGAACCGACGGCGAUCGUGAUGACCCGAACAGCUAGGAGGAUCAUGCAAGGAAACAUUCUCGGCUGGCACAAUUUCAUGCCUCCGACGCCACGCCAGCAUUUGUGCGAGACGCCUUUUGAGGAGGAGGGAGCGGAUGGGAAUGAUGCGUCGGAUGGGCAAGAUGCGCAAGCAGAGCCCAAGACAGAGCAAAAGAGAGAAUUGCAAAUGAGACGAUGGUUUGGCAGUUCCGUCUCGCCUGAACGAGGAGACUUGGACUUAGAAGUUCGCGAAGAAGACGGCGUGUCGAAGAUCGCGUGA